AUGUACUUAGACAAUAAUAUAACCUCAAUCAAUUCAACUACAAACGCAUCAAUAAUUUCAGAUAUGUCAAUGCACACUACUACUACUACUACUACAACAACAACAACAUCAAAUGAUAAUAGCAACAACAAUAACAACAACAACAACCUUCAUCAGUCAUCUUCAAACCCAAAUAAUUCAACAACAUUAUCAAAUGGUCCAAAAGUCAAAACACCAUUAAAAAAGGAAGAAUUGGAGAAAAUAGCUCGUCAAUUAAAGAAAAAAUUAUCAAAAGCUAGUAUUACAGCAAAACAACUGUUAUCACCAAUAAACAUGAAAUCAUCAAUAAAUCAUCAUUCAAAUUCUAUACCAAAAUCUUCUCCAUUAAAAAAUUAUAUAAGUAAUUCAAUAAAUAAAUCCAAUAAAAAUUCACCAUCAAAUAAUAAUAAUUUUAGUACUAGUAAUAAUACAACUAUUGAUUCAUCAAUGUUUAUGUUAUCAUCAUCAUCACCAAAUAAUUUUUAUUCACCACAUGGAAAAUCACCAACUCAUAUUAAAACACCAGCACAAACUUAUCUUUCUUCAUCACCUUUAAAAAAUAUUGCAAAUGAUGAUUCUGAUGAAAAUUUAAAUGAUUCACCAACUAAAAAAAGAAGAAUAAAUAAUUCACCACAAAAAUUAAUUUUAACUCAAAUGACACCUCCAUCAUCAACUGGAAAUAAUUAUAAAAAAAAUGAACAUAUUCAAACAUUAAAACCUUCAUUAGAUAUGACAUCAUCAUCAUUAUCACCAAAUAAUUCUAAAAAUUUUAAAUCACAACAAGAAGCAAAAGAAAGAGAGAGAGAAAUUGAAAGACAAAUUGAAAACGAUGUUGCUAAAACUCCUGCACCAACAGAUACUGAAGGAGCUGAUUUAUUAAUAUAUUUAGCUACAUCACCAAGUCCUGCAAAGACAUAUAAACCAAAAAUUUCAUUCAAUCCAGCACCAACGCCAAUAGAACCAUCACAAUCACAACCACAACCACAAACUAUUCAAUCACAAUCAAAUACAACCACAUCAACAUCAACUUCAUCAUCAGCUUCAAAUUCAGCAUCUUCAUCAUCACAAUUUAUAACUCCAAUACCACCAGUAACACCAAAAAGAAUUAAUAAUAAUCAUAAUAAUCAUCAAAAUAAUUUUUCAUCAACAAUAAAUCGUACUCCACAAAAUAGAUUAACUCCAUUUUUUAAUAAUUUAAAUUCAAAUUUACCAAGUUCUGGUUUAACUUUAACUCCAACUGGUUUUAAUAUGAAUGAUUAUGUUAAUUUUUUUACACCAUCUCCUGGUAAUAUUGGUUUAAAUAAAACAAAUUUAUUAAAAACUCCAGAUUUUAAUAAUCUUGGUAAUAAUGGUAAGUAG